CAUGCUGACUUUAUAAGAUCUGAGCUAACUCUUGUGACCAUUUUGACUUCACGUGUCUACCGAACACACCGCCCACACACAGAAAAAUCAGUGAAGCAAAUACAGAAGAACUAGCACAAAAAGGAAGCACAGGCACAUCUCUCUCUCUCUCUCUACAGCAGCAGUAACUAUAUAUUGAAGUGACCAAGACUCAUCUUGAUGGCUGUUACAAUCACCUUCUCAGGUUAUGAGGACUACGCAUACAACGAGACGUACUCCGAUUAUGGAAGCGAUAAUUACUGCGGUGAUGAAGAGAAGGGCCUGCAGACCUUCCAUGCCAUGUUCCAAACCGUGCUUUACAGCUUGAUCUUUCUGGUGGGCGUUGCAGGGAACGGCCUGAUGAUAACGGUUCUCCUGAGACGUCGGCGCCUCCUGCGCAUCACCGAGAUCUACCUACUGCACCUUGCCCUGGCAGACCUCAUGCUCCUUUUUACAUUUCCCUUUGAUGUAGUUGAGAACGCCACUGGUUGGGUGUUUGGAAACUUCCUCUGCAAGCUGACGGGCCUGGUGAAGCAGCUUAACCUCCUCUGUGGGAGUUUCCUGCUUGCUUGCAUUGGGUUCGAUCGGUAUUUGGCAAUUGUUCAUGCGAUUACUAGCAUGCAAAGUCGACGCCCAAGAACAGUGCACCUAACGUGCAUUUCCUUAUGGGUGCUCUGCAUGGCUUUAUCCUCACCCAAUGUUAUUUUUCUGUCCGUUAUAGAGCAAGCCCCAAACACAUCUGUGUAUACCUGUUACUUUCAUCAGUUUGGCAUUCAUGCAAACAACUGGCUUUUGACCGUUCGAGUCUUUGAUCAUAUGUGCUUUUUCCUACCUCUGGCUGCAAUGAGUUAUUGUUACACAGCAGUGGUGGUUACUCUGUUCAAGAGUCAGAAAAGCCAAGCAAAGCAAGGCGCAAUUCGACUGGCUUUACUCGUCACUCUGGUCUUUUUUUUCUGUUGGCUACCAUAUAAUAUCACCUUACUGAUAAAAACUUUGGUAGACCUGCAGGUUAUAAUACCUAAAACCUGCAAGUUUCAGCUCUCACUGCAACCAGUCAUAGAUGUGACAAAGAGCCUGGGAUUCUCACACUGCUGUCUGAACCCUUUCUUAUAUGCCUUUGUCGGGGUGCGGUUUCGCAAUGAGUUAAUACAGUUGCUUUGUAAACUUGGGUGCAGCCGUGUUUGCAUGCCCUUCAUCAGAGCUCAGGGUCUCAGUCGCCCAUCCAUUUCUGACGUAGCAACAACCACCAGCAUCGUCCUCAUGUAAUAAACUCUUAUACAAUGUCAGCUGUAAUUAAAAUGCUUCUUUUCUACAGUAUUUUGUUUGUAAUGAUGGAACGCGUUAUUUUAUCUAACAAUAUAUUACCCAUUGCUACUUUGAAUGCAUUUAAAAGAUGUUUUAUUUACCCAGUCAAGAAAAAAAUGUUACUGUUGGCUGAAAUCUGCUUUUGCAUGUAUUUUAUCUGCUACUAAUUGAAUUUAAUAAAGAUUUCAUAUAUACAGCAA